UCCGCUAGUGGCGCGCGCACCCGCCCCUUCAGCGCCUCUCCUCAUCCAUCUCACCGGCUAUUCUUCCCUUUUUCGCCCUCUCCCCUAUUCUCUCGCGCGUUCUCUCUCUCUCUCUCUCUCUCUCUCUCUCUUGGACCGCUUUGUCGCACCAAAGCGAAGGGAAGGACGGUGUCUGUCUGAGCACAUUGGCUGUCCCGAACCCUCCAUGCUCGUCUUCUGGACGAAAAUCCGAGCGUCAUUCCUGGAAAUAGAGGACUAUAAGUACUCAGAAUGUCAGAGAAGGGUUCCACGUCCGAUGUGAAGAACGCCAUGGAGGGAGACAGCAAAAGAACAAGAGAUCAGGAUCACGACUCAAAGAUAUCUGAUGAGCACCGAGACACAGAUGACUCAUCUGAGAAAACGUCCAGCAGGAUGUCCAGAUCUCCACAGAAAUCCUCCAAAAAACCAAAGACAGUGCCCGUGAAAGUCAUGCUGUUGGAUGGAUCCGAAUAUGAAACUGGAGUGGAGAAAUCCUGUAAAGGUCAAGUCUUGCUGGAUAUAGUGUGUGAGCAUCUGAACCUGCUGGAGAAGGACUACUUUGGCCUGACCUUCUGUGAUGCUGACAGUCAAAAGAACUGGCUGGACCCAUCAAAAGAGAUCAAAAAACAAAUUCGGGUAGGCUCCUGGCAGUUUUCAUUUGCUGUCAAGUUCUACCCCCCUGACCCCUCACAGCUGAUAGAAGACAUCACUCGGUAUUACCUGUGUCUUCAGUUAAGAGAGGACAUGCUGUCGGGGCGCUUGCCAUGUUCAUUUGUCACACACGCUUUGCUAGGCUCAUACGCCGUGCAGGCUGAGCUGGGAGAUUUUGACCCAGAAGAGCACGGACUUGACUACAUCAGUGAUUUCCGCUUCGCUCCCAACCAGACACGAGAGCUGGAAGAGAGGGUUAUGGAACUCCACCGCACCUACAGGGGCAUGAGUCCUGCGGAAGCUGAGAUGAACUUUCUGGAGAAUGCUAAAAAGCUCUCAAUGUACGGAGUUGAUCUUCAUCAUGCUAAGGACUCUGAGGGCAUUGACAUAAUGUUAGGUGUGUGUUCAAGUGGCCUGUUAAUCUACAGAGACCGUUUGCGCAUUAACCGUUUUGCCUGGCCCAAGAUUCUCAAAAUCUCCUAUAAGAGAAGCAACUUUUACAUCAAAAUCCGCCCUGGAGAGGUAGAGAAAAAGUAUGAACAGUUUGAGAGCACCAUUGGCUUUAAGCUGCCCAACCAUCGAGCUUCCAAACGCUUGUGGAAGGUCUGCAUUGAACACCACACCUUUUUCAGGUUGGUCUCUCCUGAACCCCCACCCAAAGGUUUUUUGGUGAUUGGCUCAAAGUUCCGCUACAGUGGGCGGACCCAGGCCCAGACUCGUCAGGCGAGUGCAUUAAUUGACAGGCCGGCCCCUCAGUUUGAGCGAUCGGCUAGCCGGAGGUACUUACUCUCACGCAGUCUCGAAGGAGCAUCUGCUCUGGGCGAUACAAUGGACAGACUCUCCCAGCACACUGCCAGUGACCCUGCACAUAGCCUCUCCAGAGACGAUCUGGACCGGGACUACAUGGAGCCUAGUCAGGAGGAUCUGGACCAGCAGCUGAAGCAAACUGUAGAUAAGAGAGAUGCUACUCCAUCAAAGGCCAUGGGGGAGGAGCCAGGCUCUCCUCUAGACUCUAAGGCUGAGUCGGACCAGGACUUGGCCCCUCGCCCGAAACAGGAGCAGUUCCUGGAUAAGCCUGAAGAUGUACUGCAAAAACAUCAGGCAAGUAUCAACGAACUGAAGAGAGCGCUGAGGGAGCCCAACAGCAAGCUAGUCCACAGAGAGAAACGUCUGUCUGUGACCUCUUCUGGCAGCACUCCAGAGAAAAAAACUGCCUCUGAGGAGCCCAUAUUUAUUGAGGAGCAAGAUGGUUGUCAAACAGACCUGACCCUCAGUUCAAAAGAGGAAAAGAACAAGAAACCUGCUAGAAUAGAGCCACCACUCACUCAGCAUGAAGGAGAGCAAGUGAUUAGUGGGAAAAUCUGUAUGUCUCGUGUUGACCCAAUGGGAAGCCAUACCAGAAAAUCAAAUAAGAACUCCAUCCCAUCCCCAGAGAAGCCUCAAAGAACCAAGAUUUAUGCAUUAAAGAAUGAACAUAUCCAUGAAACACAUUCUGCUGGCAAGAACAUAAAUGACAAUGGACUUCCACAUGAGAAAUAUUUGGAGAACGAUAUUCAUGCAAAUGGCUAUGAUGAAUAUCCAACAGAGAAGCACUGGACCGAAAGGAGAUAUGUUGGCACAACUCAUGUAGAAGAUAGUGUAAAUCUAGAUUUUUGGGACUAUGAGGACAGAAACCAGGGUGAGGUUUCUCCCAAUGCAGUAAUAGACAAACAUAUGCGAGAUCAGUAUAAUGGAAGCAGAUGGGAGAGACAAUCUGUGGAAAGUACAGACAACCAAAUUAAAACCAUUAGUAAAACCAAAACAGCUGAAAACAAGGUAGUUCUAAGGAGUGAUUCAGUUAAGAGUAAUGCUGCUGAACCAGAGCCAAAGCGAGUUGUUCCCUUGAAACCAGAGAGGUCCAAAAAACUAAAAGGAAAACAUGGAGUCAAAGGUCAAAGUGAAAGAGACACAAUCUGUUCUAAUUUAUUUGAUGAGACAAAAGGAACAAAGUCAGAGGAAUCAUCUGGAAUUGAAAAAAUACCAUCUUUUUUCACACAGACAAGUAUGUCUUCAGCCAUGGAUAGCAGCGCAGCAGUUCCUAAAAGAGACUACACAGCUAAUGGCUAUGUUAGGGAAACGAGAAAACGCAGCCAUCCUCCACAAACAUACAGGACACAAUUUCAGGAUACAGAAGACAACACUGAUCAGAGACUUAGUGAAGUUGAUGACCAAGCGUGCUUUGAAGAUACUUCCCCACUGUCUGAUUUCCCAUCAAACUUAAUAAUUUCUGGCUUUGAGCAAAUGACUCCUUUGUAUUCUCAUGUAAAGUCCCAGAAGACGAGAGAGAUGCGACAAAAACAGUCUUCUCCUACUGACUCCAGCCACAGCCUUCUCAAGAGUUCCAGCUUAGAAUCAGCUCAAAAGAAACCAUCGGAACCCCUUCCCACCCCAGCAAUUCAUGCGGAACCUCAGGAGGAAGUCCAGAGAGAGCCAUGGGAACGGCGUCUGGGAUCAGUGUCCGAGGAUGACCCUGACCCAGAGAAUCUGUAUCUCAAGGAGACCCACCUGGGCAUUGAACGCAAAUGCUCCAGCAUCACCGUUAGCUCCACUUCCAGUUUAGAGGCCGAGGUGGACUUCACUGUCCUCAUGGACCUUCAAACAGGGAUGGAAGAGUUCUCCAGAGGAAUGUCGGAGUUAGGAGAGAAGGACUUCUCACCUGAACUUUGUGUUUCAGACCGGCCAGCACAUCCGGCCUUCAUGCUAGGGUCUGAGCCCAUCAUCAUUCCACAGGAGAAACCUGCAGAACUAUUAAGGUCGGUGGAAGAACCGAAGCCCAUUGUAGAACAGAAGCCUGUGGAGCAGCGCAAACCUGAGCCUUUUGUGCCAAAAAAAGCUCCAAGGUCAGUGAAGGCUGCUCAGGCUUUAAAAAAGGAAUCUGCAGAGCUCGUUCACAUCCAGUCAGUAAGGCAAGAUGGUUCAGACACAGCAUCUUUACAGAUCCAUAGCAGAGACAGCAGUGAUAUAAUUGCCUCUCAAGCUCUAAGAAAAACAGAAGUCAAGACUGAGACGCAGCCAAAUGGGUCAGAGGUUACCACAACCAUUAUGGAGAUAGCAGACCAGGAUCAUGGUAUGAGUGGUCUGCGUGAAGCUCCAUUCUCAGUGACAGAGAGGAUCUCUCCUGUGAGCUUCGGAUCUUUGGCCAGAGAGGGUUCUGGGUCUCCUCUAUUUGUAACAGAGAAUGUGACGUCAGCCACAACACAUGUUACCAAAACAGUAAAAGGAGGAUACUCAGAGACAAGAAUUGAGAAGAGGAUUAUCAUUACUGGCGAUGAUGAUGUUGACCAAGAUCAAGCACUCGCCAUGGCAAUAAAAGAAGCCAAGCAGCAGCAUCCUGACAUGUUGGUAACCAAGGCCAUAGUUGUCAGGGAAACAGAAUCUUCCACACAAGAUGCACAUGAGCAAUUCAAGUCCUGAUCUAUUAGGCUGUCAGGACUGUUCGCAGGAGAAGUACUGUAUUUUAAACCACCUACUGAUGGUGGAUCAUGGACACCCACUAUCCAGCACCCAUCAAUCCUAACCCACAGGAUCCAGCGCCUCCCCAGUGGCGUACAGAUAUACAUCCUCCCUGUAACAAUUCAAACCUCACAUCUGUGCACCCAUCUGUCUGUUUUUACAUUCAAUGCGGUCAUGCUGAAUGGGAAACUUUUCUCUGUCUAGUUCUCACAUACAACAGGCACCAAAGGUGGCAUUGUGCAUGCCAUGCUGAACCAUUCUACCAUUUGAAACUGAUUAUUUCUCUUGGUGUAAGGAGAUCUAUUGCAUAGGCAAAAGGGAAGGCAACAUAUGAGCUUAUUUUGUAAUCAUCAGACUAUAGGAAAAGUAACUUCUCACAGAACACAUAUGACUGUUACUUGAACAGCUAAAGCUACAAUGCUGUUAAAUUUUAAUUCUCAGACUAUUUGUGUGUGUGUGUGAGAUGAUGGUCAUAUGAAAGAAAAGGCAACAAAUGGGCUAAAAGAUGGGCACCAUCAGACCAACUACAGUGGAUCAGUGCACUCAUCAGAUAGACACAUAUGGUGCUGACAGGGAAUGGACAGAUUGCUGGACACAAGGACAACAAUUUGUGCCAAUUAUUGAAAGAAGACACUUCUGGGAAGCAGUGGUCUUCUGAGAGGAGAAAAGAGAAAUAAACAAGAAACAGCUUUGAAACAGGAUGACACAAAUACUCAACAUAAAGUGAAGAUAACCAUUGUCAUUGAAGAUAAGUACUCCAUAAAAAUCUCUAUAGGGCCUUGUUCCUGGAAAGUGUGAUGUUGUACAUAAUGUAUAAUUGGCCCUGGAUAGCCCUUCAUUAAUCCUGUAUGAUUCAUGUUCAGGUUGCAAAAUAAAAUUUUCCUUUAAAUGAGGUGCUAAUUCCCAAGGUGAAAACCAAUUCCUGAAAAAAAAAAAAAAAAAUACACAUUUCAUAUUAUUAAGAAAAUCCCUUCACUUCUCUCCAAUCAGGCUUUAAUCAAUCUGGUAUUUAUGUAAUAUGAACAUGUUUAUAUGAAUGGUUUUGCACAAGAAUUGAAGAACCAAUGAUAAUAUUUUGUUUUAUAUAGGUAUUUUAAACAAAGAGAAAAUGCCCUAGAUAUAUUGACCCUGAUGCUAGCAAAGCAGAAUAAAGUGUGUUGAAUAAUUGUGUCAUAUGCAUGUCAAACUGCCCAAUUAUUAGUGUUACUAGUUUUUUAGGAAAAAAAAAAAUCAAAGAAGAUACAGAUACUAUUAUUUGGCUUUUCAAAUACCUCCAGUCUCAUCUUUCUUUCUUUCUUUUUUUUUUUUUUAAGGAAAAACUGUUCAUGCUAAUUCACCAUGUCCCAUAAGCAAAUGUCUUUACAGUUUCACAGUGUUUCAAUAUAAUGAUUGCUUACUCUGUGGUAGAUGUCAUGAGCGUUUUAUUUCUAUUUUCAGUGGAUUGUUUGUGCAGUGAUUCUCCUUAAAUUCUUCCCUCUGUAACACUAGUGCUGGAACAGCCUAAAGAAUGAAUGCAGAUGUCUGUUGUAGUGGUUUAUAGGUGAAUGGGCCUUAAAUGGUACACGCAUUACUGUGCUUUAAAAUGAUACUUGGGGAAACUGUGUAAGAAUGAAGAAUCUCAUGCUCUGAUUUUCACUAGAGGGCUGAACGUGACUUGUAGAGGAUUGUGUUAUGGACCUUUAACAAACAAUUGUACCAUGUGAAUGUGUCACAUAGGCACACCUUUCUCAACUUGAAAAUGUCAUGGGUAGAAUUAGAGCAUUAAGAAAUUUAAGCAGUACAUUUACAGACUUAAAUGGAGUGGUUUUCCAGACAAGGUUGAAAAUAAAACAUCAUAAUCCUAGAAGAAUAAAAAUAUGGAUUUCCUACUAUUUAACUUCCUAGCUUUUAGAUCCUUCAUUGAAUUAAGAUGCUAUCUUUCAUAAAAUUAACACAAAUUAACAGUUAGAAAACAGUAAUUACAACUUAUAGAAAUAAUCAAAAAGCAACCUAUUUUUAAACAUAGCUAGGUCUGAUUUCUGCUUUAUCUGGCCACAUAGAUUGUAUCCAACAUUCAUUAUUUAUAUAGUGAACAUUAAUAGAGGUAUGGCUAAUCUGAAAAUAAACCUGUCAUCCUUGAAAUUUAAUUUUCAGCUUGUAGUACAUUGCCUUUAAUUUUAUUUUUUAAAAUAGCAUUAGUGGGGUAUUUUAGCCUACACUGAACUGUAGUUAAUAGAUAAAACAUUCAGCAAUCCGGAUGUAUUGUGCCAUUUAACCAAAAAGUCAUGGCUGGAAAACCGCCCCUGAUUUUCUUUAUAAGAGUACAAAAGUGCCAUAGAAAGCUGCUAACUUCAUUCCAAGCCAUUCAUCAGCUUCUUAACCCAGACCUUCAACUCAAACCAAGUCCUCUAACAUAAGCCUAUGAAUGAUUUAGCAGUGUGCUAAUGCUAUCUUAAAUAUCCUGCUUGUUAGUUUACAGUAGUUUUCUCUCAUUUCCUGUACUGAAGAAGGGUUUAAGAGAACAAAGUGACUUGAUUUGGUAAGGAGUUGGUGACAUCUAUUGAGCAGAUGUUGCUUCCAUUGCAGUUCAGGGUUCAUAACCUCACUCUACCUUUUCUAAUAAUGAUUCAUCAUGUGCCAUGGAGGUCAUGUGCUAAAGGACAGAGAACAUCACUGAUGAAUACAGCUCUGCAUCUCUGCAUAUGAUCUUCUACUGUUUUUGCAUUUACACUUCUUUCACUUGUACUCUGUAAUUCCUACUGCUUGGUUUCCUGUGUUUGCUGUACAGUGGUCUACAUGAAAUAAAUUGGCCAAUUAAUGCCAUGUGGUGUCGUAAAUUAGUGUACCUUUAUCAUGCAGUAGCAGCAUCUGGUCUACUGAAGAAUAGCCUUCUUUAAAAAUAAAUAAAUAAAUAAAUAAAAAAAACUGAACAUAAGCAGUACAUCAUGUACCACAAGGGGGCACAUAUAACCUCUACAGUGUUCAGAUCCAUAUUCAGUGUUCAGAACACUAAAGAAUGUGCAAUCAGUGUGCAUAAACUUUUUGCAGACUAUUACAUUAAAAACUGCAAACACGUUUGAAAUUCUUCCAUAUAUUUUGUCACAUAUUUUUAAUGCCAUUACAGAACUUGAAUGAAUAUGUCCAAAAUUAUCUUUAGUCAUGUUGAUUUGUUUAUUUAAAGACCUAGUUUAUUUAAAGUUUGCAAAGAGACAGUUCAUGCUGAGCAACUGUAUGGAUGGUGUAAAUGGAUGGUGUGCAAUGUGCCCACUUAACCACAGCAACUUGCUACACAAUGGUGUUGUAAAUACCUAAUUCACAAAUGAACGUAUUAGCAGUAAAACAAAUACUGACUAUUAUUUAAGGCUGGUUUCAGCACUGAGACAGCAGCCUGAGGUUAUUUAUUCUACGACAGAAAACAGGGGCCUUAAACAUUACACACCUUGAGGACAUUACACAUCAACACCAAAUCACCAAAAUCUAGAAAACAAUGUACAAGACUGAUUGAGGAUUGAGGAUGUUAAAAACUUCACUGAUCAGAAUCUGUAGCAUUAUGGAGUCAUUUUGUAUAACAAAGCAUCAGGACAUCCAUCAGGUUUAUGUGUUAAUGUACUGUGAUGUUGACUGUCUGUGGUAGAUUCAUAGAAUCUGCAGAUUAUAAUACAUCUAUAGAGUUAUGUACUGCAUUGGUCCUUCAGUUGUUAAAAUUGUAGUGUUUUCAUGUUUGUGUUGAAUUUACAUUUUUAUACAGUACAUUUUACAUUUUAUAACUCAUAAAUUGUUAGACAGAUUGAAGGCACCCUGAUGUGUAAUUCUCAAAUAUGGAUGAAAUUUAACAUCUUGAUAAUCCACCCUAAAAUGACUGUUAGUUAGAUUGUUAGUUGUUAGAAGGCUUUAUAUGGCACUAUUUUAGCAUGUUUCUUUUUUAAAAAAAAUCAUCUCUUGCUGCAGUUCUAAAGAUUGGUCUUCCUAAUUGAUAAAUGACUCUAAUUUCACUCAGUGGUAAGUGUGUAACGUAAUAAAGUAUGCAGUAUCUUCCCAAUGAACACACAGAUCUCUAGAACAAGGUAGGCAG